CGCAAGUGGGCGAGGGAGCUGAGGCGAGGAAGUCACAGCAAGGCAUUGUAGCAAGAUGUUCGGAGAGCAACUUUGGUUCAUGGGUGCUGCACAUGAGUACAACCCCAAUGACGAUUCGUCAUGUGGUACUGGCGAUUGUGCAGAUGUCGAACCUUAUGCUUCAUGGAAUCGAGAUCUGCUGUCUUCGAUGCCAACAGAAGCCCAGUAUCGUAAGCUCCUGACGGACCCGAGCAAGAUCUGGUGCUUCACGGGACAGGCAGGUCUUGGCAGGGCAUAUAACCCGAACUUGAAGUGUUGAGCGUGAAAAGGUUUUGCAGAAUCGUUCCUGUUUCAACUGUUCGGAUGGAAGUCAUAAAGUAGUAACCUU